AUGAAUUUUAUAUUAAGUGCGGACCUUUACUUGGAAUUGAUAAAAGCAUUGAAUUUGGAAAAUGAAGUCAGAAAAUUACUAUACUCGAUUCCACGGCUGACAGUUCAAAAGAUUGUUGAGAGUUUAAUAUAUUCAAAUCCAUCAUAUGGUUUAAGAACUGUUUAUGAUCCAGCUUUAAACGUGUGCAAUAGUCUUGACUGCCAACAUAGAUCAGAAUUUGUUUUGAGUUUAUUGCAAAUGAUGGCAGAACACUGCAAGAUAAUCAAAACGGAUGAUAAACUACUUUUUGAAUUGCUUCAUUCUACUGCUAUCCACAUCAAAAGUCAUUUGGAUUAUAAUUCAUCUCUGAAUAAAGAUCUUGAUACUCCACAAAAUUUUGAAAAUAUUCAAAGUAAUGUCGAAGUAGAUUAUUUGUUUUCGACUUCGUUUUACCCUGACAAAAUUUCAAAAUCGCGUCAAAAACGCGCUGAUCAGAUGGUUAGCCAAAUUAUAAAUACUUCAAAGUCAUUUGAAAGUUUAAAUACAAGACCAAAACGAGCAUUUGGAGAUAAUAAAUAUCUAUAUCAAUUGUUAUGUUUAUUCGAUUGUCUUACACUUAUUGCUUGUAAAGGUGAUCGACAUUCAUCUCAAGUAAAUCCUUCAAUGAAGUAUAUCAUACGUCGAGUUAUAUUACAGUUAAAAGAAGCAGAUCUAACAAACGUAUUAAGCUCACUUAAUAAAGUAUAUUCAACCGAAAACGAAUCAAUUAAUUAUCUUCUAGAAUUAAUUAAUAUCGAACCACCUCAAAGACUUUCUAAUUUUGAGUCUCGAUCAGAAAGAAUUUCUCGACGUUUACGAGAGGAUAAAUCCGAAUACCAAAAUGCGUCAUUAAAUCCUUACGAUCUGAAUUCAAAUAAUGAAAAAAAUAGAGAAAGUAUAACUAAACAUGAAGCGGCGUUUAUCACAAUUUGUCAAUCUCUUCGACGAAAUCUUGAUUAUAACGCAUCAUUCGCUAAUAGAAUUGAAGACUCCGAUUUGACUUUUAAAUUAGGUACGCCGAAAGAAGGCCUAACGAAAAAGGAUUUGACCAAUUAUUGUCAUUGGGUGGUAAAUUCUAUCAGAUUUGGACGACUUGGAUUCGUGUCUCUUUUAAAACUAAUGGUUCAAUAUAUUGAUCUAUUUAACGAUUUAAAUAUCGAUGAAGAGAUUUUUAGUGGAUUAAUUGUUGAUUAUGGAUUCCAAAGAGAAUUAUAUCAAAGUAUCAAAAGGCUCAUUAAAAAUCACGGAGAAAACAAGAAUAAAAUUAAAACUGGUAUAAACAUAUUCCUCAAAGCGUUCUCGUUAUUACCGCGUCAUACAAGAUGUUUAUUUCGUGACUUUAUGUUAUCUGAUAGACCUUCUGAUACAGACUUUAGAUCACCUACUUUCGAUGAUUGGUUAAUAUGGCCAAUUGAAUAUGAUCAACGCCUCACUACGCUCUGUAAUCAGAUUGUUUUCACAGCAGAAAAAAAUAGCCAAAAAAGCAGUGAUGAUAAAUCACAGUUAAUAAUUAAAAACAAAGAAGACUAUAUUAGAUCAAGUGAUGUUGAUGCUCUUAUCGAGUUAUCAAUGAUUGCGCCUUAUUUUAUGCUUAACCGAUUAUUAUCAGAUUGUAUACAUAAUAAGGGUGAAGGACUGUUAAUUAUCGAUAUUUUACGUGAAAUUGGAUCUGUAUGUUGGUUCCGCCAAACUUCAAAGUCUCCUGCUCUGGUUAUUAAAGUAAUUCAAUACACACUGUCUUCCCUUGAUAAAGGAAUUUUGUGUUUUAACUUGCAAGAACGAAAAAACUUGAUUGACUUUCUUAUUCUUGCGAUGGGUAAUACCGCUAAAUCGCCCAUUGAAUUAACCCUUUUUGAUAUUGGAGAAUGGAGCGAUAAUAAACUUUUACUUGACAUCAGAGAAUAUAUUAAGUAUUGUGUGAUGCCAUAUUUGAAUAGCUCGAAUUUAGAUGGAAGAAAAGUUACCUUAUCUCUAUCACUUGAUAUUCUUAAGGUUAUUUUAUUUCCAUCCGUUUCAACGUUGCCGCCAGCAAACAUUAGUUGGUUUAUAAAGUCCAUUCCUUUUCCAUUAUUGAAGUCUAUGGCUUCUUUAUUUGACCAACGUAAAGCCAUGUCUUUCCAAAUAAUGAAUAGUAUAGAUAAUAUAUAUAUGGUACUUAAAGGAUUGAUGAAAUUAUUGGCAGGAUAUAUUUCGUCUUUCCCAAAUGAUUAUGACCAAGACAAUAUCCAUAAUUCAAAUGCCAUUUUGAUUCGCCAAUUUUAUGACGAAUCUCGGAAAUUUGAUUGGACCACGCAACUUUUUCUACGAAAUUUCUUUGAAAUAUGUGAAGAUCGGUUGGGGAUUAAGAUAGGAAAACCUAUUUUACCUGCUAUGCUCCUUUCUUUUUGUGACUUAUCUAAAGAAGAAUUUGUAAUAAUUGAUGAGGAUUAUGAAAAUGACUCAACAAAGGUGAAACAGAUGAUGACAUUUUUAGAAGGCUGUAGGGUGUCAGGUGAUUGGUGUGAUAAAUUUAUUUCGGAUCUGAACAGAUCACAAACCAUUACAAAACCUUUUUUACGUAACCUUUUCCGAACAAUUGCACCUCUCGCAUUCUGUCACAUACUUGCAAACAGUGCUGGAGAGGAAUCUUCACUUCUAUUGGAUGAUUUUUUGAAGAAAUUAUUUUUUAAUGGUUGCCUAUCUGCUGUUGAAUUGUUAACGUUUGACGAGAAUGAUAAUGAAUUAAAUGAAUUGGCUGUUGCCGGCUUGUCAUUUGAUGAACGAAUAUCCUUAUGUUGUUUAAGAUUUUCAUUUAUCAACAUCUUGACUUCAUUGCAUCAUCUUAAGGAACAAAAAACGAGCAGCAAUGAUGAACAGCAAGUUCCAUCACAAGAUAUUAUUAACGAUUUUCGUAUUAUUCAAAAUGUUAUCAAAGUAGCCAAAGAAUCAUUUAUGAUGCCUAAUUCUACACUGAAUUACCUGAUUGUGUUAUUUUAUACUAUUGCUCAAGCACUUCCUUUGUUAUCUUUUUCAUUCAAGGCUGAAGAAAGUUUAUAUAUCUUUUUAUUAUCUAUCGUGAAUCUGAUUGAUAAUACACGUAUAAUAGCGACUCAUAAGAAAUCAAAAACAGAAAUUGAUCAAUUGGAAUUAACACAAGAAACAGAUACAGUAGAUAAAGAAUCUGUGAAAAUGUAUUCAGAUCAGAGAAAAAAAUCAGUUGAUGGGCCAUUAAUAAUUGAAUAUUCCGAGUGGCAAGAAAGGAUAUUAACCAGAGGUAUUAAAAAAGUGAAAAAUGAUAAUUGUGGAUGGAGGUUCACUGUUGCAGAUGCAUUGGGAAUUCGAAAUGAGCUUAUCGAUCAUGAUAAAUGA